UAUAUAUCCUCCAUUUCUCAUACAUAAACGCAACCAUUCCAAUAUUUAAUUAGUUUUCUUUCUUUCAAUCCAAAAAACAAAAAAAAUCGAAGAAGAGGCCGGUGGAAGAAUGCCUUUCAAUGCACAAAAGGCUUUCUGGAAAUUAGCUUUAGGAACUCGCCCUUAUGGAGGAGGAGCAUUGCCGCCGUCCGGGGAGUUUUUCCCGGUGUACGUGGCCGUGAGGAUGAUAGCGUUAGCGGCAGGGUUCGGGAUCCACACUGCCCGUCACCAGUUGAGCCGGUCGCCCAACGUGCAUUUGAAGAAGUCGAGGAGGGAGACGGUGCCGGAGGUGGUGGAGCCGGACCGAGUGGUGGAUGAUGCCCACAACUUCAUCAAGAAAUCCUUCUUUCGGAAGGUUGCUCAUGUCCAGCACCACUUUGAUGCUGCUCAACAAACCAUUCCUGAUCCCAUAAGAGGAGAUGUCCUUGCUAGGUAAGGGAACCCAAAGCGGAGACGCUCAAAUCCGUGGGAGUGAAUCCAAAAUUGCAACAGCAAGAGCAUUGAUUGAGCUGCACAUUCCAAUUUACCCAUGAAAGACACAAAUGUGACUUUGUUUUCAAUUUCCCCAAAAAGUGAAUGAACCGUGAACAUGCAUUUUAUUUCCUCUAUUAAAUACAGAAUAUUACAUUUAUUAUUGUUGAAUAUGUUGUUUUGUUGAUGACUAACCAUACAGGUGGAACGGCGGACAGAACCGCUCACAGUUCCUUAAGCGACAAAGGACAAAACUAGUUCAUGUGCUUACGUGAUAUAAUUUGUGAUUUAAUUGGUGCACUCUUGGAUUAAUAUGUGUGUACGUAAUAUAGCUUUUCAUGCAUGACCAAAUUGACACCCACUUAAGUAAUUGUGCUUUUAACUUUAUAAAAAGUAAUUGUGCUUUUUACUUUAUGGAAAGUAAUCUUGACUUGCUUGUAAUAUAAAGAUAGUGGCUUGAAUUAAUAUAUUUG